CUCCAUUCCCAUCCAUCAUCAUCAGCAGCUCGCCAAAAGUGUGUGGUGGCGGGCCACUGUAGCGCACAAGAACCAUACGGGUGUGGGUGUGGUCGAAUCUAUUUGCCAAUUUUUUCGCAUUUUCUUUCUCUCAUUUUUGCAUGGCCAACUCGGCAUGGGAAUUUGAGACAUGGUUUUACAAAUUGCAAGUCUCCUUUCGACACUCACUUGACUUGCUCGCAGUGUUUUCGCACCAAGGAUGAAUUUUGCUCGGUGGUGAUUGGUGACGGGGAUAUUUCUUCUUUGCUACCUUAUUCACACUGAAAGAAAACAUCCUCCACUUGGUAUUAUUAUUAUCACCACUGACUUGACUCCUACUUACGACUGCAGUAUUCCUCAAAGUAGUGGUUUUGCUGCACGCAAUAGGAUUUCCAUUGAACGUGUCUCACCGAGUCCAGUAGUCCAUCCGCUGCUGUAAAAAAAACACAAUUUGCGAGUCAGACACAACGACCCCAAUUACCAUCGGACCCCCUCCCCCGCAGUUUUUUUGUUUGACAAGUCCAAUUUACACAUCCAAAAAUUAGGGCAAAUCAGCAAAGGAAAAGUGGAGAGGAAGAAGGAAGAAACAACUCUUCGUCCCCUUCAUCCCCCACCCACAGCUGACUGGUCAGACUAGUCCCACCACACCCGACCUGGCCUUCGCCAACGGAAGGGCGAGCACUUCUCGCAAACGGGAAAAAGGAAGUCGUCGCCAUCGUCUUGGCGAUCUCACGGAGGAUAAGCCCGCAGUAUUCUCCCCCUUGCCGAACCAUUCACCCCAACCUUCCAUCAGUAGCGGGCAUCGGCACGGCGGCCGAGGCGGCGAGAUGAGUGGCGGCGGAGGAGAUGGGCCUAGCAGCAGCAAGGAGCCGGAGAUGAAGGGAUGGUUGCACAAAUGGACCAACUAUUUGAAGGGGUAUCAGAAGAGAUGGUUUGUCCUUUCCAGUGGGACAUUGUCCUAUUACAGGAGUCAGCAAGAGAUGAGCCAUACAUGCCGAGGCUCUAUAAGUCUUCACGGUGCUCUUAUCUAUACGGAAGACACGUGUAAUCUGGUUGUUUCCAACGGUGGGACGCAGACGUUUCACCUUCGUGCCACCUCUGAAGUAGAGCGACAAAGAUGGGUCACUGCAUUGGAACUGGCGAAGGCAAAGGCAAUCCGCACCAUGGAGUCAGAAGAGGACGAUGAAAUGGAAGAAGCUGCAGCACCACCGGACAGUCUUCAAGUUCAAAACGUAUUUCGAAUGCUCUCUGCCAAGUUGGAGGAUAUGCAGACCUGUUGCGAUCUUAUCAACAAGCAUGGAAGUACUUUGCAAAAAGCAUUGAGCGAGCUUGAAUCCACUGACAGUCCACAUGAAAUUGUCUCCAAAGUGAAACAAGUCAAUGAGAGGGCCACCUUGUUUCGUAUCACAUCCACAGCCAUGAUCAAUGCUUGCAGCGAAUAUGCCAAGGCUGCUCAGACACAGGGGAAAAAGUGGCAGAAGGCAAUUCAGUUUGAAAAAGAACAGAGACAAAGAUUGGAAAAAGUCGUUGAAGAGCUUGCAAAACAGCACACGAAACUUGAGGAAGCUGCUGCUGUGGCGGCUGGUCAUAGCCAGUCGCAAAACGUCCAGUCGGACGAGGAUGAUGAGUCAAUGUUUUAUGACGCUGUAGAGACAUCCGACAUGGCAAAUGAGUUUACUGUUGACGUGCCUAUUUCCGCGCAUCGUCGGACUUCUAGCGGUAUUAGUACAGAUUCACAGAAAUCUGAAGGUGGAAAUUCCAGCAGUGAUAAUGACGAGAACAAUAGUACCCAAGGUGCUAGUCAGACUGUGAGAUGCAUUAGAACAAAGUCCAAGGCCAACAAUUUGGCUAGUGAGCAGUCGUCCAUUAAGGAUGACAAGUCCACUAAAACAGUUUCCAAAAGAAUCCGUCGCAAGAGGGUUCCCGAUAAGCCGGACUAUCCUCUCAACCUCUGGAGCAUUGUCAAGAACUGCAUUGGGAAAGACCUAACCAAGAUUCCAAUGCCUGUCAACUUCUCGGAACCAUUGUCCAUGCUGCAAAGGCUGGCUGAAGAUUUUGAGUACAGUGAAAUUUUAGAUCAAGCAGCAAAAUGUUCCGAUGCUUGUGAGCAGUUAGCAUAUGUUGCAGCCUUUACUGUAUCGUCUUACGCAACUACAGCCGUUCGUACUGGAAAACCAUUUAAUCCUCUGCUUGGAGAAACGUACGAGUGUGAUCGAACUGAUGACUUGGGAUGGCGAUGCAUCAGUGAGCAGGUUUCCCAUCACCCACCCAUGGCGGCUCAGCAUGUCGAUGGUCGCGGAUGGAAGUCAUGGCAAGAAGUCUGUUUAUCUUCCAAAUUUCGAGGGAAAUAUCUGCAAAUUAUUCCACUGGGCAUAGCUCAUUUGGUUUUUAACGAGUCUGGGAACCACUACACUUGGAGAAAAGUCACUACAACUGUCCACAAUAUCAUUGUUGGAAAAUUAUGGGUCGACAAUCAUGGGGAAAUGGAAAUAAUUAAUCACACCACGGGUGAUAAGUGUCACCUAAAGUACAUGGCAUACUCGUACUUUAACCGUGACAUUCAGCGAAAGGUAACCGGAUGCGUUAUGGACAAGCAAGAACGUAUUCGAUGGGUGCUAAAUGGUACUUGGGACGCGAAAAUUGAGGCCUGCAAAGUGCUCAAACACAAAGACUCUGACAAGAGCGGAAAACCGGUUUUGGAACUUGGAACACCGGAGACCAUGUGGAUUAGGAGAAUGCCACCCACUGACUGUGAGAAAUACUACAAUUUUACCGAAUUCGCUGCUCAACUUAACGAACAGGAGAGUGGAGUUGCGCCAACAGACUGUCGACAACGGCCAGAUCAACGGCUUAUGGAAGAGGGCAGAUGGGACGAAGCAAACACUGAGAAAGUCCGUUUAGAAGAGAAACAACGUGCUGUUCGCCGACAGCGAGAGUCUGAAGCCGAAAAGGCAGCCGGGGAAGGCAAACCAUUUACUCCUCACGAUCCUAUCUGGUUUUACAAAGAGAAGGAUCCGGACACUGGGAAUGUGACUCAUCUCGUUCGACAGGACUAUUGGACUUGCAAGAGUUCUGGAGAUUGGUCUCGCUGUCCUGAUAUUUAUUGAAGUUCUUCAAUCAAUUUUAUACAGUGUCACUUCAGCCGAGCCUUUUUAAGAUACAGAUAAAUUACUAACAUAAAAAAUUAGGUGAUAUCCAUGAGUAUUUUAACGAAAAUAUUUGGAAAAAGUAAUCAAACUCCUUGUUUGUCGUCGUCGUUCUUUCGUCGUUAUUUAUUAGAACAACUCUUAGAUUAACGCGAAAAAAAAUCUUCCUAAAUUUUUUCCUUGAAAUAAUCUCAGUUAAUACAGAAGUCUUGGCUCCCCUGUGGAUUAAUAUUGAUAGAAUUCAGGGUAGUAAUUAGUCAAAAUAUAUGAAAAAAAUCCGGUGGUCGCUCUUUUAUCAAAUUACCUAUGUGUAAAACGCGAACAAUUCUAAAGUACUAAUUCUAAGAUACAUAUACUAUAUCACAGCAACUACUAGAGAUUGUGUACCUUCCUGUUAUUACUCUCGGUACAACUAUGUAAUCUUCUAUAAAUAUAUUACUAAAAUAGCCGGCGCAAUACAUGGUAAAUUAUUACAAUGGCGAUGUUGGUGGUAAUUAAGCUCUUUAUUUUGGUAUUUUACUGGUAUUUUUAAUCACUGUCUUGUUACAUAUUAUACUCUUUUUAGUGUUUAUAGUUCUGCGCUGCAAUAUGAUUAUCACAUCAUUCAUUAUUAGCAACGCUGCUAUGUGACGCUUAAAAAAUAUAUAAAUAUAUAUAUGUACUAAUUAAAAGAAGAGCACGUCUUCCUCCGCUCCUAAGAAGAACAAGAAGAGAUGCUAUUAAAGAUAAUCGUAUGUAAUUGAGAUAUUUACACGGCUGCCCGAAUCACUCUCGCUGGUGGAAUGAAGGAAAAAUGUGCAAUUCACAACAAUCAAAUCCGUAAACUAAUUUUUAUUCGAGAUACUACAGGGAAAUGGGUAUUAUACACAAAUCUUUUAAAUCAACUCGUUCUCUAUGUUUAUCAACCAACCAACCAACUAACCAAUAUUUUGGUGGGGUUGCAAAAGUGAUAGAAGUAAAAUUGAAAACGUUGUUAAAGGAGCGAGAGGUACAUAUGUUGAUGAUGAGGCGUUAUUUAUUAAUAUGCGAGUGCGUGGUUCGGGUUAUCUAACCCUUUCAUAGUUUUUACGCUGUUGUAUUGCAAGUGAUAGACGACGCAAGCAAAAAGUCUUAACACCACAGAAUUAUUACUCGGGUCGAUCAUGAUUAAUUAUUGUUAAUUAUUAUUCUUCUACCUUGCAUAGUUUGUCGAUGCUGUGCGCGCAUAUGCGCAAAAGCUAAUUACAAUGGUUUGCAAUUCGAGUACGAUAAUUAAUUAUUUGCAUGUUCCAUUAUAAUCGGAUUGUCCGUCCGGUACAAGAAGGUUAUAUAAUUAAGGUUAAAAUUAUAAAUAUGGUUUCCUGCUAUUGUCGUUCUCACCCGAUUCAUGAUAUCCCUGCUUAUCUGCGGCGGCGGCUACUCUCGUCAUUGUCGUCGAACGUCACCGAGUUGGGACGAAGAAGGGGAGAUGAACUUCAAAAUUAUUUGGAAGUGCAAUUUCUGAUAAACUUACAAUUAAGUACAAGACUUAUUAUGUAUUUGUCGCAAACUGAUGCUUGUAAAAGUAAUUGGGUAAAGAAAGAAACAAUAUUUACCUUGGAACUGGUUGUUUUGUGCUUAUAUUCAGAUUUCAGAUCUUCCGAUGGUAAAAUUUUAUGAAAUUUCUGUACACAACUCGAGAUACAAUAUUGAAAUAUAAUUUCACUUGACG